UGGCCGGCGAGGGGCUGGCUUUUCCCUGCCGGGCCUUUGUUGCCACCGUGCGCUCCUUCCAGGUCUGGAGGGAGACUCCAAAGGUAUUUCCGAAACAUAACUCCAGCUGGAAUGUGCUUUUUGAGCUAUUCAAGGUCAAGAUGAAUACAAACUCAAAGGAGGUUUUAUCCUGGGAUGUUCAAGCUCCUGCGGAGUGGAAACAACUUCUGACACAGAAAGGGGAGGUAGAAAGUCACUUCCAAAUGCAGGAAUCAAGACUGAAACGCAGUAAUCCACUAGCAAGAGAAACUUUUCGAAGGCGCUUUCGGCAGCUGUGCUAUCAGGAGACGCCUGGGCCCAGGGAGGCGCUCACCCAGCUCCGGGAACAUUGCUUCCAGUGGCUGAGGCCACAUGUGAGCACGAAGGAGCAGAUCCUGGAGCUGCUGGUGCUGGAGCAGUUCCUGACCAUCCUGCCUGGGGAGCUGCAAGGCUGGGUGAGAGAACAGUGUCCAGAAAGUGGGGAAGAGGCUGUGAUUUUGCUGGAGGAUCUUGAGAGAGAACUUGAUGAACCACAACAUGAGAUGGUAACCCACAGUCAUAGACAAGGAGUUCUCUCUAAAGAGACAGUGCUUCUGGGACAGCAGACACCACUGAAUCUUCACUCCCAGCCGAAGGAGGCCCAGCCCACAUGUGACCCUGCUCUGCAGCCUCAUCCUAUGGGAGCGAAAGAUGGAAUGACCAAGACUGGGGACAGAGAGUUGGUGCUGAGGAAAGACUGUCCUAAGAGAGUGGAGCCACGUGGGAAAGUAUUUUAUGGACAGACCUGGGAGGUACCACGCCAGGACCCCCAAUGUACAGAAGUUGGCCAGAUAGAGCAGCCCUGGAGAAACCCCACAGAAAAGGGAUCACACAAAUGUGAUGAAUGUGGGAAAAGUUUUGCUCAGAGUUCAGGUCUGAUUCGACAUCAAAGAAUUCAUACUGGAGAAAGACCCUAUGAAUGUAAUGAGUGUGGGAAAACCUUCAGUCGGAGUUCAGGUCUUUUUAAUCACCGAGGCAUCCACAACAUACAGAAGCGGUACCACUGCAAGGAGUGUGGGAAGGCCUUCAGCCAGAGUGCGGGGCUCAUCCAGCAUCAGAGAAUUCACAAGGGAGAAAAGCCCUAUCACUGCAGCCAGUGUGAGAAGAGCUAUAGUCGGCGAUCCUUUCUCAUUGAGCAUCAGAGAAGUCACACAGGGGAGCGACCUCACCAGUGCAACAAGUGUGGGAAAAGCUUUAACCACCACUGCAACCUCAGCCGCCACCAGAAGAUACACACAGUGGCCGAGAUGGUCUAGUCCUUGCCAUGUGCGGAUUUCCCAGAUCAGUGGCCAAGUCAGGUGGGUUAGUUUUAGACUAGAAAAUGCCUUUCUUCCUGUCUCCAUGAAGUGCAUUUAGAACAAACACUGACUUACUGGGGAUAUCCAAAGAGGAAGAUUUGGGUUUUUUGGUUUUUUUUUUUAAAGAUUGUAUUUAUUUAUUUAUGUGUACAAGGACUGGGGUACAGGCCAGAGGUGUGGGGGGGUGAGAGGAUUCACCAGAGACAGAGUGGGGAACAGAACAGACAGAUUGACUGAAAUACACUGCUGAGGGGAGCAGCGGGGAGACAGGAGAGGUCUGCUGCACCAUGUGGGUAGCUCCCUGGGCGGGGAUCAAAUGUGUGCUGCAGUGGCUGCGGAUAGCUUCAUAGGUUGUGUCUUAACCCCUUGCGCCACCAGGGAGGCCCCAUGGGGUUGUUUUUUUUUUUUAAAUGCUAUUUUACCUUUGUUUCCUAUACCAUCUCUCUUACAUACUCUAAACCUUCCCAGUAAUAUCAGAACAGCCUUGCUGUAGCCAACAUGCCUGAUAGAGCUGUCUCUGUGUUUAAUUAAAGAUCACCUAGGAAUCUGCUGAUGGUUAACAAUAUGUGGGUCUUUGGUGUUCCCAGUAAGCAGGACCUACAUGGUAAACCCUUUUCCAUCUCACUGCUUCCCUUCAACACCCACCUGACCCUCUCAUGGACCUACCUGUGGGCUGCCUGCUCCAGUGUUUGCAGAAUGUUUCCAGUUACCUAACCCCAGUUGGUCCUGGCAAGAAGCACACAGUAAAGUAUUAGAGGAGGCGUCGAAGACUCAGGAUCUCUAAGCAUCCAUGCCAAGGGUUAUACCCUGGACUUAUUUUUAGUAGUGUUUUUAUUUUGAUUAGACUUAUAAAAUUAAAAAUUUAAACCUUAAAAAGUUGCCAAGAUAGAUGGAGUUUCCAUAUCCCUUUCACCCAACUUCCCUUAAAGUUAACACCUACCAUUGUGUCUUUUUAGUUAAACCCUUGGCUGCUGACUCCAAAUCCCAGUCUGUUGACAGUAUCAUGCUUCACUCUGGUGUUCUCAGACUUCCUCCUUUACCCUCAGUCACCUGAGACUCUCUAAGUGCUUUCCAUCACAUCAUCAGUACUAUAAUGUCAUUUAUAUACUGGGUACAAGGCCACAUCAGGGAACCCCACCACCACCCAGGUAAGAUAGAAUGAAAACUACUGUUUGAAAUCUCUUCAAACUUCUUUGUAUGACUGAGGUCUGGAACAAAAAAAUUUCCUCCCUGUGUAGAUUUCAAGUUUAUGCCUUUAGUGUUUCCUAUUAAAUUUUUUUUUACGGAUUUAUUUAUGCAUACAAGAACUGGGGUGUAGGCCAGGGGUGUAGGGUGUGAGAGGAUUCACCAGCGACAGAGUGGGGGACAAAACAGGCAAACUGACUGAACUACACUGCUGAGGGGAGCAGUGGGGAGACAGAAGUCUGCUGUGCCAUGCGGGCAGCUCCCUGGCCAGGGAUUGAACUCAUGCUGCAGUGGUUGCCAGUAGCUACAUAGUGCUGCCUUUUAACCCCUUGUACCACUAGGGAUGCCCUUCCUAUUUAAUUUUUUGAUUAAUUUACCCUGAGGUAGAGGUAAGGAUCCAACUUUUUUUGAAAGUUACCCAGUAGCCCCAACUUCAUUUAUUAUUAGUCCAUACUUCUACUGAUGUGACAUACCAUUCUCAUCAUUUCCUACAUUAUUUUAGGUGUUUGGUCUACUUCUCAACAUUCUAUAAAAUUUUUUAAAUCUUUUUCUACCACAUAAUUUAAUAUUCAGACUUUAUAAUGUCUUUAAAAUUUUUAGAGUUUUAUGAAAUACAUAUGCAAACGUAUGUGAUGGUUUGAGUUGAAAGAAUAAUGUAGAAGUCCAUAUACUAAAAAGUAGAAGAUCAUGGCUAUAAAGUCCCUUUUAUGGUCCUUUUGAUCACAGUCCCUUCCCUUGAGCCUUGAUGUUAACCUGUAUCCUGAUGUUUUAAUUUUCCGUUUUAAGGCCUAGGUCACUCUUUUUGGCUUUUUUCAUUCCUAGAGUUCACCUGACUUGUUUAUUUUUCCAAAUGGGCUUUAGACUCAGCUUGACUUCAAAACAAAAGGCUAUCAACAUUUUGUAUUUUGUGAUUACAUAUUAAAUUUAUAAGCUGGGAAAAGUGAAUUCUGCAUGCCAUUGGUCUUCCCAUUUAAUGUCUUUGCUUUAUAUUGUGUAUCUCAGGAACAAUUUAAAGUUUUCAUACAUUUUUUUUAAAAGUUUAUUCUGGGGCCUCCCUGGUGGCGCAAGGGGUUAAGCACUGCACUAGGCAGCAAAUCCGCAGCCUCUGCAGCACGAGUUCAAUCCCCGGCCGGCCAGGGAGCUACCCACAUGGCGCAACAGACCUCUCCUGCUGCCUCCCUCAGCAGUGUAUUUCAGUCAGUCUGCCUGUUCUGUUCCCAACUCUGUCUCCGGUGAGUCCUUUCACCCCCCCUCCCCACCUCCCACGUCUUUGGCCUGUACCCCAGCUCUUGUAUGCAUAAACAAAUAAAUAAAUCUUUAAAAAAAAAGUUUAUUCUGGAGUAUCUAAUUUUUUAUUGACAUCAUAAUCAUUAUAUUUUCUAAUUUGUUAAUAUUUGUAUAACCCUGUCUGAAGGGAUGAUAAUAUAACCUAACCUGCCACAACUACACCGAACACCAGAGGAUAGAUGGAAAUGUGGUUUGUGUUCUCCGGUAUUGAAAAUAUUGAUUCUGAUCAUGGUGUGUGAGAACAUAAAAACACUGCUGCAUUCAUUCAUUCAUUUAUUUAACAAAUAUUUAUUAAGCACCUACUGUGUGGUUGGAAAUACUUGGUAGGCUUGGAUACAUGAAUAGAGAAGACACAAAUAUCCCUACCUUACUGAAGCUUUGUCUUUGUUGUUGAGGUAGUCAGACAAUGAACCCAAUAAAUAAGUAUGUAAUAAAGUAUGCUAGAGGUGAUAAAAUGAUAAUGUAAAAAAAAAAAACCCAGCAGACUGAGGGGAGAUCAGGGGUGCUAGUGUGUUGACAGGUUUAGUGUUACAUUUAAGGUGAUAUGAAGUCUUUUUUUUUUUUUUUUUAAAGAUUUAUUUAUUUAUUUAUACAAGCACUGGGUACAGUCAGAAGUGUGGGAGGGUGAGAGAAUUCACCAGAGCCAGAGCAGGGAGCAGAGCAGGCAAAAGGACCGAAGUACACUGCUGA